AUGGCCUCCAAAGAUCAGAAACCUUCAAACUCUGGCAGCGGGUUUUCAACACCAACUAUACCACCAGCAGAGACCCCAUCAUAUCAAACGCCCGCAAAUGAAGAGUGGGACCGAGAAGUCAAUUAUCUGCUCGAUCGGUCGGAAGACGACCAUGACCAGCCCUAUCAGGGCAUGUCGGAGGGCUGUCACAACAGAAGGCUCCAGACGCACUGUCAUCUCAAGUGCUCUUCUGAGCCCUGCGAGUGCUGUCAAUAUGCUGGAGAUGCCGACUGGAUCAGAAAGGGGCAGUGGCUGGAAGAUUGCAUAAGCUGUCAGGAGGAUGAUGAAUAUGAGCGCGGCGAAACAGAUGCUCCCAUUCCGCGGAGUGAUACUACCGGUGCGAUCGCUAUUGGUGUAGUCGCACUGAUUUGGAGCAAGGGCCUGGGCCUUGAAUUCUGUCUCAACAUCCCUCACAAUGAGCUGAGCAAGGAUUUGUUGUUUUUUGCGAUCAUCGCCAAUCUGACUCGAUGGGGUUGA